GAAUUGCAGAAGCAUAGAAAAAAGCAGAGUCCGUAAGAGUGUGUCGUGUUUGUUGAGUGUGAAAUGUUGAGAACCUUCUCUGUGGGACUCAGAUCUUCCAGAAAGAUCCAAACUUCACUGUCUUCAGCUCCUUCCAAAUGGUGGGCACCUUCUCCUUCUCCUUCUCCCUAUUCGACGAACCAAGGGGACCCACAACCUGCGACCUCUCCGAAGCUGUUGGUGGUUCAACCUCGCCUUCGCCCCGAGAAGUUCUUGCAAGCCAAGCUCAACGAAGCUAUGUGCCUCGCCAAUUCCCUCGAAGAGCAACGUGAUGGGUAUUUUCACACUGAUUUCUUCGACAAGGGGUUACCCCCACAUCUCCUCGUUCAGAAUCCAUCCAUCAAAGGCCACAAGCCUCGCGCAGACACCUAUUUUGGGCCUGGAACAGUGGAUAACAUCAAAUGCUAUCUUAAUGCAAUUGAAUCAAAGGGUGAUAUGGAUGCUGUUUUUGUUAAUACUAUACUAUCUGGUAUUCAGCAACGGAACCUUGAGAGGGCUUGGAAUAAACCUGUGCUGGACCGUGUGGGCCUGAUAAUAGAGAUAUUUAAUGCUCAUGCCUUUACAAAGGAAGCAAAACUGCAGGCUGAACUUGCAGCUCUAUCAUACAAGAAGACAAGACUUGUUCGUGUUCGUGGCCCAGGUGGUCGCUAUACAUUUGGUGCUUCUGGAGAAGCUGAAGUUGUCAGUGCCCGAGGGAGAGGAAGUGGGGGCCAAGGGUUUAUGAGUGGUGCUGGAGAAACUGAACUUCAGCUUCAGCGACGAAGAAUCUUAGAUAGGAGAAAUUAUUUAUUAUCACAAAUUGAAGAGGUUCGCCGUACCCGGGCUUUGCAACGUGCUGGUCGUAAAAGACAUGGAGGUUCAUUUGGACAAGGCUUAGCCACUGUUGCUGUUGUUGGGUAUACGAAUGCUGGAAAAUCUACACUAGUUAGUAAGCUAUCGGACAGCGAUCUGUAUAGUGAUUGUCGACUGUUUGCAACAGUCGAUCCUAGAUUAAGAAGCACUUUUCUUCCUUCAGGGAGGAAAGUGCUUUUAAGCGACACAGUAGGAUUUAUAUCUGAUUUGCCAGUACAGCUGGUAGAAGCAUUUCAUGCAACUUUAGAAGAAGUGGUGGAAGCAGACCUGCUUGUGCAUGUGGUGGAUUCAAGUGCUCCCAAUCUUGAUGAGCAUCGCUCAACAGUGUUGCAAGUUCUUCAACAAAUUGGGGUGUCAGAAGAGAAGCUUCAGAAUAUGAUUGAAGUUUGGAAUAAGAUUGAUGUUGAAGAAGAGUGCGUGGAAGUUGAUGAAUAUCUUGACGAAGAUGAAGAGGAUGAUGAAACUAGCAACUUCAAUGGAGAGGAUGAUGUGAAAUCUGAGACAUUAGCGGAAACAGAGAAAGAUUAUGCUGGCAUCAUGUCUGGUGCAGAUAAUGAACUCAUCAAGGAGGUCGACAAUCAUAAUGGCAACUAUGACUGCAAGCAGUCACUGGGUGACUUUGAGGCCAUCGAAGAAAUAGAAGUAGAAGAUUAUUCUGAUGGUUGGUUGUAUGAGGAUACCUUGGUUAAUGAAAGUGAUUUUUGUUUGCCUUCAGCGGUGGCAGACCAACAAAAUGUGUCCUCUAAAAAGGACAAUGAUGUGCAAAAAGAUAGCUCAAUGGGACAGUCUGGUCCACAUGUGAAAGCAUCUGCUAUAAUGGGAAUAGGGUUGCAAGAGUUGCUGGAACUAAUAGAUAAGAAACUAAGCGUACAGGAUGAGAAGUCAAAGGGUGCACAAGUGGUCGAAAGAAGUACCUUUGAUCGAAAAUGGAGGCCCUCUCAUACUCAGGAUUCUAGCAUAGCAGUUGAACAGUAGCUUUCUUUCCCAGGGAGUUUGUCUCUCUGCUUUCUCCUCCACUUUGCUGGACCUGUUGUGUGCUCAUGGGGCAAAACUUGGCCUCUUCAAUUCAGAUGAAGUGUCUCAAAGCUGCUCAUGUUUAUGUGGCCUUCAUUUUCUGUCUCAACCUGCAAGUUAUGAGCUUUCCAUGGAGCAUAAUUUUAGUUUUCCUUCAUAAUAGUGUGUUGCAUUGCUUAGACAUUUUCUGCUUAAUGGGUUCAUCAGUAACGAGAGUAAAAAUUGCAGAAUGCAGUGAUAUAUAAAUAACACUACGGAAAUCCAUUUUUAAAAUAGUAGAUUUAUUUGAUUCAGGGUCAAUUGAAUUGUAGCAAUUGCAGAGAUUUUUAUGUAAACUAUAAACAAUCUUAAUAUCAUUCACAU